UCCAGCAACAGAACCCUGCUGGUCUUUUGUGCUGAGGAAGACUCGUAGCAAGACGACAGCACCAACCACACCGAGACCCCUUUGCCUUCCUCAGGUGCUCUUCCUCCUUUGAGCCAUUUCUGCCCCCAGUGCAGUGAUGGCGGUGAGAACCUGGAAGCUGUUCACCCCCUUUUUGUGUUGCAUUGGAUUCCUCCUGGCCCUUUCAAGGGCUCAGAAAGAAGACUUACCAGCCCGCUUGACAGAAGCCGUGGUGGAAUUUGGACACUUCUUUGUGCUAAACUGCAGCAGCAUCCACAGCAGCAGCAGCAACUGUGAUAUUCAGGAAGAGUCUUCCCUCAGAUAUGAUUAUAGAGAGGAUGGGCCCACCUGGAAAGCUUUCUCUUUCAUUCUCAGUACUUGGACACUCCAUGCAUUAUGUUUUGUGAACUGUACAGAUGGCAAAAUCAGAUAUGACAAAACAAUCGUCACAGUUUACCAACCUCCAAAGAGUAUUGAGAUGGUUCCAGUACCAGAAAUGGAGGUCGGCAAGCCGUAUAACUUGACAUGCUGGGUUUCUGGUGUAGCCCCUAUCCGGAACCUCACUGUGACCUUGUUGAAAGGGGCAGAGCAACUUCUGGUAAAGACCUUUGAGAAUCAUACUGAACCUGAAGCUGGUCCUGUUGUGGUGAGCCAUCGCAUUAUAGCUCAGCAGAGUGACCACAACAAGAGAGUCACCUGCCAAACAUCCCUGGAUCUGCGUCCAAGAGGGCCAUUCCUGAAAAGCACCUCCCACAACAUAUCAUUAAGAAUUUUCAAACCUCUUGAGCAGUUGACCCUGGAACUUCAGAAGCCCUCACCAGGCCAACCCUGGGCCUAUAACCUGAUAUGCCACGUAAUAAGGGUGCAUCCCUGCCAUAGGCUUAUCGUGACCUUUUUUAAAGGAUCAAAGAGGUUGGGUUUGCCACAUUUCACAAACUGUACUUGGUCUGAAGUAGAAAACUAUGCAGUCAAUUACUCUGUCACCCUUCACCCAGAGGACCACCGUCAGAAAGCUUAUUGUCACGCAGUGGUGUAUUUGAGCCUCCAUGAGCCUGCCUAUCAAAUGAAAUCCUCAGAAUUUUCACUCAAGAUUGCUGAAUCCUAUUUGGCUAUCAUUGUAGCUGCUACCGCUGCUGCUGCUUUGCUAGUCAUUGUGCUAGUGGUCUUUCUCAUCUUCAUCAUUAGACUUUGGAUCCAUUAAUAAAAUGAAAAGGGUAACUCAAUGAAUCAAACAUUAUUUACGAAGAGACACCAGAGCAGGAGUUCUGUUUUAUGAGCGUCUCAUCUGCACGGAAUGUGUCAUGACCCAAUGGAGAAUCACUUUGUAUGUGGAAAAAAUCUUAAGGCUUUAACGAAAGCUCACCAUAUCGUAUCCAGACCUGAUCUUGAGCUUGUGGAAAUCGGAAUCAGGAAAACGUAUUCCACUCUCUGGCAUUCUUCUUUCUGCUUAAAAUGUCCCAUUCAAAGGAACCAAAGCUGCAAUGACUGGCUGGUGUCAUGGACCUCUGUGAGAUGGGUUCCCAUCAAUUCAUAGUUUGGAGGAUUGUUCACAUUUGAGGACUUUUUGAUGAUUAUAAAGUGAGCAGUGAUUAUUUAAAAGAACCAUGUUUCCUAGUAGUACAUGUUAAAGGAAUGUCAACAAUCAUGGAUGAUAUAUUCAUUCUUUUAAUAAACUGAUAGGGCAAUAUUAUAUUGAUGUAAAUGCCCUCCCCCUUCCCACAGUGUAUAUACUAUUACAGAAUGUAGUGAAUAAUGCAUUUAUUAGCAAUGCAAAAACUCUGUAACUAUAACACUUUGAGAGCAGGUAGUGAGAUACGGGUAAAAAUGUAUACAAAAUUGGAGACAUUUGCUAGAGGAAGACACACAGGAAAGUGCAGCAUCGGGACAUAAAUUAUCACACUGAAAUUAAGGACCAUUCUGUAUUCAACGAUGCUAAAAUUCUGUAUUUCCAGAUCCUUCACAGUGUUUUUCAGUAUCUAGCUACAGCAAUUUAAGGGAACAGGACAAAAGCCCAAACUGGAAUGGUUGAAAAUGGGUCUUAAGGAAGCAUGGGAAUGUACAGCAAUAAUUCAGUGGAUCAGGGAAUAAUGAUUUUAUGACAGACAGUAGACCAGAGGUAAGAAGACAAACAGUACAUGCAACAAAAGUUAUAGCUGCAAGAACAACAUAGUACAUAACUGCAGCACAACGCCACAGUAACCCCCAAAGACUACCUUACACCCCAAAUAACUCUGUAUGCUAGUCUUUCCAUCAAGUUGCUUUCUCAUUCUAACAGCCACUUAAAGAAACUGAGCCCUUAGAAGAGUUACCCUUGGAAUUUCAUCUUCCAGCAAAUGUUUAGCAUAACCUCGAGUGAUUUGCUUGGCAAGGCAGCCAAUACAGGAGGAAUCAACUGCUACCGGACUCCAGAGUAAACGGAAGAAAGUGCUCGACUCCACUGCUUGUCCUUUACAUGGACAACCCCUGAAAGGUGGAGGAAUUCCCAUGCAUGACUUUUCUGCAGAACCUGGGAGGGAAGGAUGUCCCAUCAGGCCUGAGGAUAAAGGCCGUUCAACAGAUGAUAACAUGACGAUAAGCAGCUGACUAAAAAGCUUCUUCAAAUAAAAUGUCAUAAUUGCUGGGUGAGCAAGAUGACUGGCCAUCAACAGAGACACCCUGAAGGGAAAUGACGAAAGAAAACACGCUGUAUUAACUGCAAGCACAGAAUUAUACCCACCUGAUAAAGUGUGAUAGCCCAAUAUGAUGAGCUCUUUAGGCUACCAGGGUCACCUAGGAUUAAUGGUGGCCACCUGCAGCAAGCUACACUAAAGAUGCAGACACGCAGCCAGAGCUUCAGGGCAAAGAGCCCUGCUUUGACCUCUAAAGAGGGUUAAGGAAAGACGUCUGCACUGGCUCAGGGGCUCUCACCAGCAACCAUGAAGAACCAGCCACCAUGGCAAACAAGGGCCGUGAGGAAGACACCCCUUUAGAAACGACAUCUUCUAGCAGAGCUAGCAAGUGCAUAUAAACCUACCCCAUGUUAUUCUGUUCUUUCUGCUUUUUUUAGAUCUGUUUUUAAAAGUUUGCCAAACACCUACAGUAGUUGUUUUUUUAAAA